AUGACAAUGUCAAAAUCUCAAUGCAAGCAAUCCUACAGAUUAUUGGUUGUUGGUGAUGAAGGUGUUGGAAAAACAGCUUUUUCAUCAGUUAAUAGUAUUCUUUAUUCAAGAGAAUCAAUAAUUAAUGUUUGUGGUUUUGACACCUACGAUGGUAGCAGUGCACAAGGUCAUCGUAGCAUCAUAAGAAGUUUUUAUAAAGCUGUACAAGGUAUUUUUAUUAUUUAUGAUACAACAAAUAAAGAAUCAUUUGAAAAUUUAAAAAUUUGGUUACAUGACAUUCAUAAUUAUGGAAAUAAACAUAAACAUGUGAUGAAAUUGAUUAUUGGAAAUAAAUGUGAUUUAGCACAACAAAUGGCAGUCAGUCGUGACAAAGCUAUAGCGUAUGUUAUUCAAUCAAAUAUUUCCAUAUUCGAAGUUUCGGCACGAAAUUUGACUAAUGUUGAAUUAGCAUUUAAACAUAUGGUUUUGAAAAUUCGAUCCAACUUAACACUAACAAGCAAUGAUCAACCUGAUCAGAAUAGAGAAGCAAGUGUUUUAAAAUUUGUGGCUUAUAUAUCUGAUAUUGGUUCAAAUGUUGCCGAACAAAAUGUGAAUGAACAAGGUCUUCACGAUAAUACAGAAAAUGAAGACGUGCAGGUUUCAACUGAAGAGCUUGAUGAUGUGGAACACACUGAAAGUGUAGAUGAAGGUAAAGUGGAACGUGCUCAAAUACCAUCAUCAGACAAUCAAGCAAUCGAAGAAAAAGCUAAGCAGUUAGAUGUUAUUAGUUUUUCGAAAAACAUUAUAACAUUAUAA